AUGUUAAUUAACACCAAGCUCAUCAGUCUAUCGCAUCAUCACGUGAAUGAAGCAGCAGUACAUUCUGUUGGUGACGGCCCAAGUGGACUGCCAGGGGAUUGGUUGGAAUACUUCAUUUUCCCCGAGUCCGUAAUAAUUCAUGAGCAGGUUGAUCGAUGGCCGCUCUGCGACUGCCUCAUCUCGUUUCAUUCCACUGAUUUUCCUUUACACAAGGCAAUAGAAUAUGUAAAACUUCGAAAGCCGUAUGUUAUCAAUGAUCUCAAAAGACAGUACGAUUUGUUAGAUCGUCGGAAAGUGUUUCGAACGUUGGCAAAGGAAGGCAUCGAACAUCCUCGUCACGGUGUACUAAUGCGAAGCGACUCGAACGAGGAAGACGGAGUACUGGUGGAGCACAAUGAUCAUAUCGAAGUGAAUGGCAUGGUGUUCAAUAAACCGUUCGUCGAGAAACCUGUCUCAGCUGAGGACCACAAUAUCUACAUCUACUAUCCGAGUUCAGUCGGUGGAGGUUCACAGCGACUGUUUCGAAAGGGUACUGUAACAGUUAACGGGAAAUUGGUGAAAUCAGCGCAUAUCAAUAAUCGAAGUAGCUGGUACUCGCCGGUGAGUGAAGUGCGGAAAGAUGGCUCCUACAUCUAUGAGGAUUUCAUCCCAGCAGAUGGCACAGAUGUCAAGGUGUACGCCGUUGGUCCAUACUAUGCUCAUGCUGAAGCUCGGAAAGCACCUGGCCUUGACGGAAAAGUUGAGCGAGAUGCGGAUGGAAAAGAAGUUCGUUAUCCGGUGAUACUCAGCCACAAGGAGAAGAUGAUCGCUCGACGAGUUGUAUUGGCCUUUGGUGUAAGUUUGAUUGUCUUUUGUUCUCGGGAAAACCAGAAGGUAACCGAUGUGUUAGUUCGCGAUCUUUUUGCGAGCAAUAUGGGAAGUCAUAUGUUAUGUGACGUCAAUGGUUUUUCGUUUGUGAAGACAUCAACCAAGUAUUAUGAGGACACAGCCAAAAUCCUCGGUAACACGAUCAUGCGUCGACUAGCGACAACGAUGAGUGUACGGAUACCCUACCAGAUGCCGCUUGGUGAGCAGGAACCUCCGCCGUUGCUCGACCUGGGUCUGGGAGAUGAUCCUCCGAUCGUAUCGACUCCGUCAGGGAAACUGAUGGAGUUGAGGUGUGUAUUGGCUGUUAUCCGUCACGGAGACCGUACUCCGAAGCAAAAAAUGAAGGUCGUCGUGCAUGAUGAACGAUUCUUCGCCCUCUUCAAAAAAUACGAUGGUUUCAAAAAGAACGAAAUCAAAAUGAAGCGUCCAAAUCAACUGAUGGAAGUGUUAGAGCUAGCCAGAGAGAUCCUCGCUGAGCAUAUUGCACUGCGCAACACGUUGCUUUUGUCGUUGGAAGCUUGUGAAGAAUCCGGUGAUGAGAGCCAGCGCGUCGAACAUGAGCUGGAAGAGGUCGAGGAAGCUAUCAAACGCUGGGAUCAGAUGCGAGCCGUGCUAGAAAUGUAUGAUGAACAUCGUAGUGAGAGUGCAGAUUAUGACGAGAGUGUUACAACGGGUGCAAGUAGUUCGAGCGGUGUGGUAGAGUUUUCUACCGAAGAUAGGUUAGUAAUGGAGUGUCGACUGGAUUCGGCAGGUGAAGAAUCGCAUACCAGUGACGAGAGCGAUGUAGAUGAAGACCAUGAUGGGAGAGUAGGCUUCAAGGUUACAGAGAGGUAUGGCCACUUCUCAGGCAUAAAUCGUAAAGUGCAGCUGAAAUAUCUGAAGGUUCGUGGGUAG